AAAAAUACCCCAUUUGUUUCAGUACACAUUUUAAGGAGACAGAGAGAACGACGCCCCUCUUAUUCCCCCUUUCCUCCUCGCCUCUCUCCGUCUCGUCGUCGUAUGGUUUGAUGUGUUCGUCGCCUCGUGGAUGACAUACACAGUAGUCGAUACCAAUCUCUGCGUAGCGAUCGGGACGCCCGAUUCCCCACAGCCCCCUCUCCGAUCUCCUACUCGUUUGCUUGUUGCUUGUGCUUUUCUGUUCGUGAGCUUUCUCGAGAGCCGGCCUUUUUCUCGACCGCGCUCGAGGUAUUCUUCUGGUGCGUGCUCUGCUUGUUGUGGACGAGGCGAUGGCCACAAUCUGGUAACUCAGCAUGGUAAUCGUCGUGCAUGGAUGCUGCUGAAAUGCAAUAUAUCAAUGAACAUGCUGCCGAGACAGUUUAUGAUCAGUUCGCUUCACCAGAUUCCCCUGGCAGAUAUGGCAUUUAUGAUGAACCACUGAUAUUGCCUCGCAUAGGCUAUGAGUACCAAGUGGAGAUUCCAGAACUAGCAACAACGGACUCACAAUGCAUCCUAGUAGAAUCUCGCCUGACUAGUACCAGCUGCAUGCUUUCUGUUGGCAAUCAUGUCGGAGUAGGAUUAGGCAUUCCAAUUACCUGGGUUCACCAUGUAGGCAAUGCUACCAAAGACCAACAGAAAGAAAUUUCUUGUUCCAACAUUAGUUCUAUUGGAGGUGGGUCAGUGGAGUAUACAAACACUGAAAAAGGCCAUGCCGAUGCUAUAUACAGUAAAAUGACUGAAUUUCAAGAAGAAAGUUCUUUGUAUCAUACAAAGCUUCUAAACCUCGCAUGUAAAGAUGAAUGCACUGACCUAGCAAAUUGUCGCAACAAACCUGAUGGAUCUACAAGCAAGAAAAGCAUUAACUUAGAGAGUAAGAUGGAUAGUGGUGUUCCUCUGCUGCAACUUAGCAAAGCUAAAGGUUACAGAGCGUUGCCUGGUACACCAUCUUCCUCAUGGAGUCACAAUGAGACACAAUGUUUUCUUCUAGGUCUUUACAUUUUUGGAAAGAAUCUUGUUCAAGUGGAAAAGUUUAUUGAGUGUAAGAAGAUGGGGGAUAUACUUUCCUAUUAUUAUGGAAAGUUCUACAGAUCUGAUGCGUAUAAUAGAUGGUCAAGAUGCAGAAAAGUAAAGAGCAGGAGGUGCAUUCUUGGACACCGUAUAUUUACCGGAUGGAGACAACAGGAACUCUUGGCACGUGUGCUAUCUAAAAUAGCAAAAGAAAUCCAAGACACUUUGUUGGAGGCUACAAAUAUAUUUAAUGAAGGCAGAGCUUCUUUGGAGGAAUUUGUUUGUACUUUAAAGAGAACAGUUGGUAUGCCAGUGUUGGUUGAAGCCAUUGGAAUUGGUAAAGAAAAGCAUGACCUUACUGGCAAUAUUUUGGAUCCAGUUAGAUCAAAUCAGUCAUCCUCCAUUCGCCCUGAGAUACCAGUUGGCACAGCAUGUUCGUCUCUUACUUCUGGAGAUAUCAUCAAGUUUUUAACAGGUGAUUUUAGGUUAAGCAAGGCAAAGUCAAAUGAUCUCUUUUGGGAAGCUGUUUGGCCUCGUCUGCUAGCCAGGGGGUGGCAUUCGGAGCAACCGAGAGAUAUUAGUUUUGUUGCAUCCAAACAUUCACUAGUGUUUCUUAUCCCUGGUAUAAAGAAAUUCUCAAGAAAAAAGCUUGUGAAAGGAAAUCACUACUUUGAUUCUGUUAGUGAUGUCCUAAAUAAAGUAGCAUCAGACCCCACACUCCUUGAAUUAGAGGCUGAAGGAGCCACAGGAAGCAGCACCACUAAAGAUGAGGAUGAGUGUGCCAUGGAUGCUAAAUCAGACCAAAAUGGUCUGCUUGAUCAUCAACAACACUGUUUUCUUCGCCCUAGGGUUCCAAUUUGUAAUUCUGAAUUUAUGAAGUUCACUAUUGUGGAUACCAGUUUGGUCCAUGGUGAAGAACCUUUCAAGGUGAGAGAACUUAGGACUCUACCCAUUGAUGCCAUUAGUAAUUAUGGCCCUUCGACUCAUACAGGAGAAAUAACAAGUGAUGGUUCAGAAGAUUCAGAAGAUAGCUCAUCAGAUGAUCAAGGAGAUUCUGAUCCAGAUUCAUCUAACAACAAGAAGCUUAAGGUAAGCAGAAAGUGCAUCGUCGGCAAGGCAAUGCAGUCUGCUCCAUCUGAGAAUGUGAUUGCUUUUUCAAGUACUACAUUACCAACAAAUGGACAUAUUUUAAAAGAUCAAUGUGCCGAUCGGCUAAAUGAAAAGCUGCCAUUAAAGAAUAUGAAGUGUAAAUUCAACCGCAGGGCAAAAUCUGGUCAGCGGUCUUAUUUAGCACCUAUGGCAAAACGAAGAAGAUUAACUGCCUGUGAGUAUCAACGAACUGGUCGCAAUGCUUACUCCUUUUCAAAAGGCCAUCAACUAAUGGAGGAAGGAGCUCAGCUCAAGUUGGGUGCACAGGAAGCAAGUGGUAAAACUGUUGCAGGGCCUGACCCUUUUUGUGGGAAAUUGUAUCCCGACUUUCCAAUUUAUAUUAGUCCAGAUAAGGUAGACAAGUGCAUAUCCAAGGAACGAUGUUGCAGUAGUACAGCUACUACAUCUAAGGCAACUUCCUCUGAUGGAAUGCCUCAAUCACGAACUUUGAUCAAUCUCAAUUUAGUACCAAAUGUUCCCCUAGAUUAUGAGACUGGUGAGCAAUCUGACUCGGAGGUGGCGGACAGUCAGCAUGAUUUGAAUUUGGAGGAAGCUGUAAAGUUGUCAGAAAUGAAGCAGCAGCAUGAUGGUUCCGAGGCAAUGGAGAACUUUACUGGAACACUUGGUGAUCAAAAGCCUUCUGUCAACUCCAGGAGGCAAAGCACCAGGAACCGUCCUCCAACCACCAAAGCUUUAGAAGCUCUUGCAUGUGGGUUUCUUGGGACGAAGCGGAAGGGAAGGGAUACAAGGGCCCUACUGAAAGGUAAUAUUGCAAACAGGUCUUCUCGUCGUGUUCAUAAGACUGCUGAAGCCCCAGCCCCAGCUCCCCCAGCUAAUACUAAUAGUUCUGAAUUUGGACUUUCGAGUGCCACUAGUGAUGACUGGUACACAGGCAAUACUCACAAUAUAAGUAUGUCAAGUGAGUCCUGUCUUCAGCCUGAUGGUAAAGGGACACAUGACUUGCUUGGGGUUCCUGUGCAUGAGUACUUCCCUGUCUCAAAUAAGAAUCACGAUUGGCAGAACUAAGAUAUAUUGCGAGUCCCAAGAGUUGGCGACUCGGCAAUUUGUUCUUCACAUGCUCUUACAAUGUGAGCAUCUGAUGUCGGAACUCAGAACAUAAAUCGAUUCGUGUCAAAGGGAGCCAUUUUAUACAUGUACAUUGAUGAGGUUUCUGGUCAUGUAGCUUUUUCUAGGAGAUUAUUUGUACCAAUUUAGGGCAAUCGAUUACUCGAGAAAGAUUCAUUGGACGAGAGUAAGGGGAUCCCCAAGGUGUCACAUGUAUGUCGACUUCGAUUCAUCCUAUUGGACAUGUAACAAUUCGUAUCAUAUUGUUUCAUGUCACCAGUGGCUUAGUAUACAAAAAUGUGGAGCAGCAACAACCAGAUAUAUAUGCGGCAACCGGAAGUUGUCAAAUUCGACUUCCUGAUGGUGUACUGAGACUAAGGGUUGAAUAUCUUUGAUAAGUAUGAUAUUUCUUCCAGUUAUUGUCAGUAGAGGUGAUGUCUUUUUUCCAUCAUUACUGGCCUUCCACCAAUCACAGAGUUGUUUACAUGUUGCUGUCUGUAUUAAAACUAUAAGAGUUACAUAUCUUUUAUGGGCACAAUAGUUCUUUUGGUGGGUAUUAGAUCAUGAUGGAUCUUUUCAUCA